UGAUGAAGCGACGAGUCCAAUCAGGUGGUGUUAGUGCUUUAAAAACGAUAAUACCAACCAGGUCCAACCUGUUCCUAUCAUUGCAGCGAGAGACUCGGAUGUCCGAUUGCCACGCUGCCACACGGUUGGACAGAACGCUCUCACUGGCAUCUCAUGCACAUGUACCAACUCCAAGUGGGUACUUAUCACACAGCCUAAUCUCCAAUUGUUACAGCACUGAGUACUAGUGCCUAUCUUAUUAAGGAGCGACACCGGCGCUUAAUGCUUUAGAUAACCAAAUGAGAUUCGUGCGAGGCCGACUUUCUUCCGCGCUCCAUUGCUUCUUCUUUUCAUCCCACUAGCUGCUCGCGACAUGGAAUCACAGCAGCACGCUGUUGCAAGGGCAGACGAGGCCUUGCUCGCUGAGCUCGGGUACAAGCAGGAGUUCAAGCGUGCAUUUACACCCUUAGAGGUCUUUGGUAUAGCUUUCAGUAUUAUUGGCCUACUCCCCUCCAUUGCCUCUGUUCUGUUUUACGCUGUGCCUAAUGGAGGACCAGCUUCGAUGGUGUGGGGUUGGGCAGCCGCAAGUUUUUUUAUCCUCUGCGUAGGGAUGUCAAUGGCCGAAUUGGGUUCCGCAGCACCAACAUCCGGAGGGUUGUACUUCUGGACACAUUCGUUGUCAUCUCCGCGGUGCAGAAAUUUACUUGCCUGGAUUGUUGGGUACUCAAAUACCAUCGGGACCAUAGCGUCGGUCGCAUCUAUCGACUGGGGAUGUGCAGUGCAAGUCAUGGCUGCAGUAUCCAUUGGCUCAGACCAAGCUUUUACCGCAACAAGUGCCCAAACUUUUGGAGUCUACGUCGCAAUAGUCCUGUCGCACGCAGUGAUAUGCUGCUUGGGAACUGCGGUUCUUGCAAGACUGCAAACAGUUUAUGUUGUGCUUAACGUCUGUUUGUGUCUUGCCGUUAUUAUUGGCCUUCCUGCUGCAACCCCAAAGGCGAACAUGAACAGCGCAAGUUAUGCGCUUGGUAAUUUCACAAAUUUGAACGGCUGGACAGAUGGCUACGCAUUCAUUCUAAGUUUCCUUGCACCGGCAUGGACCAUUGGUUCCUUUGACUCAAGUGUGCAUAUCAGCGAGGAAUCGUCGAAUGCUGCCACUGCUGUUCCAUGGGCCAUUGUCAGCGCCAUCGGUAUCGCAGGCAUCCUUGGUUGGGCAAUCAACGUCUCUCUUACAUUCUGUAUGGGCAGCGAUCUGGAGUCCCUUCUCAACAGCCCGGUUGGACAACCCAUGGCCCAAAUUUUCUUCAACAGCUUCGGCCAAAAGGGAACGCUUGCACUGUGGUCCUUCGUCGUGCUUGUUCAAUAUAUGAUGGGCUCGAGCAUGGUCCUUGCAUCAUCCCGCCAAACAUUCGCAUUUUCCCGUGAUGGCGCACUUCCGUUUUCAUCCGUCCUCUAUCGCAUGAACAGCUUCACCAAGACGCCCGUCAACACUGUUUGGUUCGUCGCGGUCAUCUCGAUCAUCCUCGGCAUGUUGUCGUUCGCGGGCCCGCAAGCUAUCAACGCCAUCUUUUCUCUAUCCGUGACAGCGUUAUACAUCGCAUAUUCGAUCCCAAUCAUCGCGCGUUUCGUGUUCACAAACGACUUCAAGCCUGGUCCCUUCAAUUUAGGCAUCUUUAGCGUUCCAGUUGCUGUCAUUGCCGUGUCGUACAUGUGCAUUAUGGACAUCGCAUUUUUCUUCCCGACGACGCCACAAACUGAUGUUGCGAACAUGAACUACACCGUGGUCGUGCUAGGUGGUAUACUCUUUUUGUCUAUCGUGUGGUACUACUUCCCCGUGUAUGGUGGUGUGCAUUGGUUCACGGGCCCAGUGUCAAACAUUGGGAAGGUAACUGAGGAGAACGCGUCGAGUAUUCGGGAGUCAGUAGAGAAGAAUAUACGUGAGGAUGUUACGGCGGUGCCUGUUGGGGUUUGAUACUAGAGGAUUCCGAUAGUGAGUCCAUUAUAAAGUUUAUUUGCUUAACCCGUACAAGGAAUGUGGAAUUGCAUUUGUUUUACGAAGGG